GUCAUAAAAUUGUACUGGUAUUUGAUAAUGACCUCACUUCGCUAGACUUUUGUUGUGAGAACAUUUGAACAAUCUCAAUUCCUCCCAUCAUGGUGCUGCUGCUUGCUACCGGUAUAAAUAUAUGCCUAAAGCUGCAGUUAGCUAACACCUUCUGCCCUGACUAUCAUAGCCACAUCUCUAUAAUAGACAAACUCAUAAGAUGAAAAUUCUCGAAUCUUUUGGUCAUAGUGACUGUCAAGUAGUGAUCAACAUGAUAGAGCACCAAAAGGCUCUCAUGGUGGAGCUGCGUGGCAUGGUCAUGCCAUUACUUCCGAGCGACAAUGAACAAGCCAAGCUUGCUCUUCAACUCUUGGGAGAUAUAUUGAGUUGCUCAGAUAAGGCUAUCUCCAUGCUAGAACUUGGUGGAGACACUAAAAAGCUGACCAAUCUUGUUGGAGGUAAGAGAAAAGGUGACAAGCAUAGCAUGGACAACCACAACUUGGAGGAGGAAGCCAAAGAAAGUGUUAGCAAGAGAAGAAAGAAUGCAGAACACACAGGUUCAACUGUGGCUCAAGCACCUCACAAUGAUGGACAUCAAUGGAGGAAGUAUGGUCAGAAAUGGAUCUCUAGAGCAAAACAUUCCAGGAGCUACUAUAGGUGUGCCAAUAGUAAAGUGCAAGGCUGUCCUGCUACAAAGACAGUGCAACAAAUGGAUUCCAGUGGAAAUGGAACAUCAAAGUUGUUCAACGUUGACUACUAUGGCCAACACACAUGCAGGGGAGAUGGCAUAGCCGAUCCAUAUGUUGUCGACACAGCCCAUCACAGUAUGGAACCUAUCAAUCAAAACGAAUGCAAUAGCCCUACACUUGAACACGAAGCCCAUGAAGUUCAAGAUGAAAGAUUUGAAAACUUGUGUAUGGUACAAAAUAUGCCAGAGUAUUUGAUAGAUUUUGAAUUGGAGAGAGCCUUCGAGUUUAUUGUGAACUCACCAUUGGGUUCUGAGCAUUGGACGUUCGAUGAUUCAAUAAGAUGUGAGCACAGUCCAAUAUGCAUAUGGGGAUGAUGACUUGAUGUUAGCUAUAAGCUAGCUUGGAGUUUCAUCCAGGAUGUGCUGUAAUGAUAAGUUGUGACCUGGUAAAAAUACAUAGCAUUUUGCUCAUGACUAAGAAGUAAACCUGAAAUUAAGAAGCAUGUGUAUAAUCUAUUACUAUUAUAAAAAUUGAAGAUGUUUCCGCGGUC